CACCAAUUUUGUGACACUGACAGACAUGUUUUAACACGAUCAGACAACGCCGACGAUAAGACAAUCCCACUGCGUCGGGAUUAAGAACAAAUCAUUAAUCAUGCCAGAUCUGUAACUGUCAUGAAGUGGCUAUCAGUAGCUGAUCCUACAUGAAUGAUGUGUAAUGUCUGAUGCCAAAUAUUCCUAAGACUACUGUCCACUAACCCUGAUCACGAUGCAGUCCCCCAAAAGAAGCCACUCGAUCGAGAGGGUGUCUUGUCUCUGGGAAGAGCUCCAGUCUUCAGACAGGCUCCCUAAAGGUACAUUGACGACAGCUUGUGAGGUGGAACUUCAGGAGUUGAUGCGGCAGAUUGACAUUAUGGUGAACACACGGAAACUGGAGUGGGAGCGCGAGCUGAAGGCUGUGACCUCACAGCUGGAGGUCAGGGACAGAGAAGUCAACAAGCAGCGAAAGAUGCUGGAGCAGAAACAGAGAGAGGUGGUGGAGCUGAGAGAGAAACUCGAAGAACUGACCCAUGCUCAGGAGGAACUGGUGGCUCAGUACGAGGGGCAGAUAACUCUGCUCAGGAAAGAGGUUCAGAAAAUUAAACGUGAUUACGACAGGCUGCAGAAGAAGCAGCAGAAAAGUUCUAAAGAUGCUGAGCGAGAGAAAGAGAAAGUGACCGACGAUCACCAGGAGACAGUGCAUGAGGUGGAGAAACUGAAAGUGAAACUAGAGGCGUGUCAGCAGGAAAGCCGUGACUGGGAGAUUCAGCAGAGGUCGUACCUCAACCAGAUAGAGAACCUGGAGGCACAGAAGAAGGCUGUCAGUGAAAAGUGUGACUUCCUACAGCAACAGUCCAAAACGUAUCAGUCCCAGCUAGACCGACGACGACAAAUACUGGACAGCUCAGAGUUUAACCUAAAGACUCAGAUCACACAGUUAGAAGGUCAGCUACAGAGAGCUAAGGAUACCAUUGCUGUACAGGAAGAGAAGAUAGACAAACUAAAGGCGUCUCUUGAUGAGAUGACCGUUACACAGAGAGAGGGGACGAGAGAGAAUGAGAAGCUGCUGGAAGAUCUGAAUGCAGCUAAUUCCAGAAUUAGAACCCUAGAAGAUGGUAAAUGUAAGAUUGAGGGUGACGUCCAAUCCCAGGAGGGUUUUAUCAGGAUGUUAGAGGAGGAUUUGAGUCAGAGGAAUCAAGAUCUGAUCAGGAUGGAGCAAACACUGGCUGACAAGGAUGAAGUCAUCAGAUCCCUCACGGAGGCGAGCCGGCAAGAGGAAUCAGAGGAGGUGCAGAGAAUGAAAGUGGAGCUGCGAAAUUCACGCCAAGAAACCAAGAAUUCCAGACGCUCGGAGAAGUCUCUAUUAGAGACGAUCACAGCUCUGAAAGCAGAGAACGAGCAGCUCCAGAUUGACUUUGAGGACAUCUGCAAACAGCUUACCAAUAAGACCCAACAGUUGGGGUCCCUGGAGCAGAAAGAAAUCCAAUCUCUGAGGUCAGAAAUAAAAAAGUUAAAAGAUAAGCUAGCCUUGUUGGAGGGUUCGCACUCGUCUGAAUUCGAGGGUAUGAGGAAAGAGUUGUCCACCAUGAUGAGUGAGCUGCACGAUCGUACAACAACUGUGACGAAGCUGACUGAGGAGAACGCUGGGAUGAAACGACAACUCCGAGAGGGCACUGUUGUCCUGGAUAAGAAAGACGCUGAAAUUUAUGUAGCCAAUUCUCAGUUGGAGACGUUAAGGAAAGAAAAUCGCGAGUUACGUCAAGAGAUUUCACAUAGCGAUCAAUCGAGGAGCGAAAUAAGUCGGCUAAAAAGGCGUGUGUCUGAGAUGACUGACACCUACAACAACAACAUACACCAGCUAGAGGAUGAGAACAAGCGACUGAAAGACGACCUCUCCCAACUGAAGUCUGAGUUUACAGGAGCCCUGGAGAGUGUACAAGGCCAGCUGAGGUUGACCAAGGAGCAAACCAACACCUCCCUGCAGGAGCUCAAGCUGAAGGAGCACAGGAAAAUCAAGGAGGUUGAGAAGUCUGCGGAGAAGCGGAUCCAUCGCAUACAACGGGAGAUGUCUACCAGUGUACAGGGACUAGAAUACCCACCUUCCCCCGGGGGGUCAGCGUCCCCUGGAGCGUGUAUGCGUGGGUCACCAGGCAUGUCAUCUUCACUGAGGACUUCGCAGAGGAGCAACGAGACAGACGCAUCCAUACAUGAAGGUAGAGCUCAGAGCCCGUCCAACACAAGCAAGACACUUACGUUCACAGAAGACUCAUCUCGGAACUCUCCUGGUCUGUGGGAUUCUCGACUCUCCAUUUCUGUGGUGAGCUCCAUACAGGAUGACAAGGAGUCUAGGGACAGUGCAUAUCACAGGAGCGAGGAGAGUGCAAGUGAAAAUGGACAGCAGAGUGAUGUAUCAUUCUCAGAGCGAUUCUUGGCGGAGGAAAACAUCCGCGCCAGAGAGCUGGAAAAACUGAUUGACUCGCAUAUAGAAAAUCUGAAAUUGGACACUGACGCUGUUAUUCAGAAGUGGGUGAGCUAAGGGAGAGAGAUAAAGACCUUUAGAGACCUAAUGGAGGAAGACUGUGGCACUUAAUACAGAGCUGUGGCCCUAAUGCACAUUUGAACAACUGUGUUAACAUGACUAAUGGAGGAAGACUGUGGCACUUAAUACAGAGCUGUGGUCCUAAUACACAUUUGAACAACUGUGUUAACGAGACUAAUGGAGGAAGACUGUGGCACUUAAUACAGAGCUGUGGCCCUAAUGCACAUUUGAACAACUGUGUUAACAUGACUAAUGGAGGAAGACUGUGGCACUUAAUACAGAGCUGUGGUCCUAAUACACAUUUGAACAACUGUGUUAACAUGACUAAUGGAGGAAGACUGUGGCACUUAAUACAGAGCUUUGGUUCUAAUACACAUUUGAACAACUGUGUUAACGAGACUAAUGGAGGAAGACUGGCACUUAAUACAGAGCUUUGGUUCUAAUGCACAUUUGAACAACUGUGUUAACAUGACUAAUGGAGGAAGACUGUGGCAAUAUGUAAACAUCUGUGAUAUCUUUAAAUCUGAAACAGUAUCAUUGUGACACUCGUGCAAGCUGGUGCAAUGACAACUAAAAGCUUUGUCUUGUGAACAAAGCUCAUGGACUCUUUACAGGAAGGCAACUGUGGUGACUGUUUUUUUCGUGGCAAGAUUAAUUUGGUGUGUUUUAUCACAGAAACAGAGAUACAUUUUGUGAAGAUUGGAAUUGACCAGUUUGUGAUUAUCUACAUACAUGUAGACCUGCAAUGAAAUUUUUGCUAGUGUGUAUUAAUAUCAUGUUUGUGUACAUACGUCUAUGUCUGUUUGCAAUACGUAUAUCUCAGAAUGUUGGUAUUGUCUCUGCAGGCUCUGUGUUAUCAGAUUUAAAGUAGAGGAACAGUCAAUUGUACAUACAGAAUGACAUCACUGUUUUUGUCCAUCAAACGAAAAAAAAAGAUACAUUUGUUCCUCUUUUCUGCUUUUCGACUAACUCCUUGUCUGCCCACCCGUAGCUUUCAAGGUGGAAAACCUGGGCAGUUCCGUAGAUGUCGGGCCUAUAACAUAGCAGAUCUGACUUUCGUCAGUGUUGAUCUGUCACAACUAGGUGUAGUACUUUGUAACAUAGCAGAUCUGACUCUCAUCAUUGUUGAUCUGUCACAGCUGGGUGUAGUAUUUUGAAACGUGAGCCUCAGCCACAUACUUGUAAUACAGAACAACUACAACACACCACAACUGUUAUAUCUAUACUGUUAAGACUCAUUUCAAACAGAUCAGGGAUAGUGUGUAUAGAUGCACAGUAUCUAUUUGGGUUAUUAUUGUAUUGGGUUAUUUUGACCACACACAAGGGAUAUUUAUUACAGUUUCCUGCUGUACUAAUUUAUAGGAACUU